AUGCCUGCGUACCACUCUUCCUUCAAUGAUGAUCCAGAUGUAAGAACAGUUGGCAACACGGCGCUGCUGUCGAUCAAGACCAAAAUUCGUGGACCCGCGCCUCUCGUUGCGGACGAAACCCAACCUGACAUCAUCGAUGAAACUCUCGAUUUGCCGGCCGACCGUCUCCUCAUAGUUCUCAUCCUCUUCAUAUCCGACUGCCUUUCCAAGAUCGCUGCAGCUAAAUCCUUGCCCACGCAACUUGAGGCGUCCAAAUUGCUCAAUACACUUGCAGUGGAUAAUUUCCCUCUUCCUGGUGACGCGGGGUUUCCGCUGAAUUCGCAUUAUGCGCCACCGGCGAGCAGGAUCGAUGGUGAUUAUCUUAGAUCGUAUCUUGUACAGGUUCGCCAGGAACUCGCCUCACGGCUCGUAGAGCGCUUGUAUACUGACGGAACGAACAAGCCAAGCAAAUGGUGGAUGGCAUUUACCAAGCGCCGAUUUAUGCACCGCAAUUAGGACCACGACACUACACUUUCUUAUCCAUUGUUACAUGCUUCGAAGGCUUCGUAAUUGCAAUGGAUAAUGAACUGUACCGAAUGAAAAGAACGUACAGCUCGUUCGUCCAUAAGAAAUAUUGAUACAUUCCGUUUGAAUCCGCGGGAUCUCUCUCGCAGACCCGGUAGAUGGAAACGCUCAUCCCGUAUCUAACGUCCAUAAUCUAUAACUUCGACUUAGCGAUUGGUGGCGGAUUGUCACUCUUAGGGUCAACCAUCG